ACAGGAAGUGCAGCUAAAAAGGCACGUGGGUUGGUGGGUCUUCCUUUGCAAUCAUGGGUCGAAGCAAGCAUCAGGAAUCUGGGGAAGCGCCGGAGCCGGAGGCAGCCCCGGAACGGUCUUACCACGAGCUGGUGGAGAAUGUGAAUGCGAUUUCGCGGCCGCUGGCCUCUCGUAAACUCACGCGCAAGCUGUACAAAUGCGCCAAAAAAGCGGCGAAGCAUAAACAGAUCCGGCAAGGCGUGAAAGAGGUCCAGAGGUUUAUCAACAAAGGCGAGAAGGGUUUGCUUUCCUGUGGUUUCUCUUCUCAGGACUUGGGAUUAGCUGUAGGUACAAAACGCCCAACCUGUGUGAUCAUGAUCAAGCCACAUGAAGAAUACCAAGAAGCCUAUGACGAGUGCUUGGAAGAGGUGGAGGCUCUUCCUCUCCCCUUGUGAGGAACAUUGAAGGAAGAUGCUGUUAAGACUGACGUGACUUGUACCUUCUCUGCAAGAGAGACAGUAGCUGAACAUUGAUUUAAAACUAUGGGUACAGAAGCUGGCUUUGUCCUUUUGUUACCUUUGGAAGAAUACUGGAGUUGGUAAUACUAGUAAGCCUUAAAAGGCAGACUAAUCACUGGCUUUAAAAAAUCAGUUACAUGUCCUUUAGUAAGUACUGCAGAGUGGUGUGUGUUAGUGACUACAUUUUGUGGCAAAUCUAGCCUAAGGAGUUAACCAUCUCACUCUAAAAGCUAAUGUGCUCCUUUUGGGAGUCUUAAUACAAUUAAAAUAUUUGUACGAUUUCUAAAUGUUUUUCAGUGUCUAAUUUAACAGAUUAUGCCCCAUGCUAAUUGCCCACAUUAGGUGUGUCUUCAGUAACUGCUCACCCCACCCCCAGCAGAUGGUUUAAUAUGAACUGUUUGAAAAAAACAAAAAUGUCUA